GUUUUAGCAGCCAUAGAUUGUUAAGAGGCCACAUGUGUAAGCUUCCAAAUCUGAUAUACUAGUAAUUUAAACUGACGUAUUAAACGGACAUCUAACACGAGUUUGAUUGUCUUACAGAGAAAGUCCAACAACUGGAAAAUUGAUCGACCGUUUCCUUCGUAAAAUGAUUGAACUCGAAAAACAUGCAGCUCAGCUUAUUUUUAGUGCCAACAGAUGGGAAAAAAUACCAGAAAUUAAGCGUUUGUUAUUCAGUGGAACUACAGUGGUUAUACACAGAUACGUCGCCUCUGGAGUGGCCUAUGGAACAGCAAUGGACUUGCCGGUAAAGUGGUGUUUCCAACCUAACAUUGGCGUCCCAAAGCCGGAUCUAGUUGUCUACCUUGAACUGAGCGCAGACGCCGCUUCCAAGCGGAGAGGUUACGGGGAAGAGAGAUUCGAGAAGGAGAAAAUCCAACAGCAGGUAGCAAAAAACUUUAACGACCUCAAGGAUGAUUCAUGGAAGAUCAUAGAUGGAGACAGAAGCGUAGAAGAUAUUCACACUCAAAUAUACAACAUUGCGAAAAAAGUGAUCGAAGAAUCGAAAUUUAAAGAACUUGGAACGCUGGAAUGAAAAUUAAAAUAAAAUAUUGGGGCCACCAAUGACUUGAGGCGGAAUGCCAAGGAAACUGUGGGGGAUGUUUGGAGGGGGAUUGUAACAAAAAUUAAUAUAUAAUAAAAUUAUAGCUGUUGCAAAAUUUGGGGGGGGGGGGGGCAGGGGCCUCUGUUUCUAUGUCCGUUCGGACUACAUCUGCCUGUGAAACUACAACUGACAAACGUAUGGCAAGUGCUAAAACAUAUGAUUGACUAUUCAAAGGAUACAAUAGUAAUUAUGAAAUUGUAUUAAUUAAUUAAUUUAUUUAGUUAUUUAAAUAUACUAAGUAUUUAUUAUUUUACUUAUAUCAGUAUUUAUUUAUUUAUAUUAUUAUUAUAUUACAUUGAAUUAAACAAUUCUAAACGAACUGUACAUUAACAUCAAUAAACUAUAUUAUAAUAUUACAUUAUAUUAUAUGUUUGUUUAUUGUUAAUGUUUUGGCUUUUGGGUUUUGUGUACAUAAAAGAAUAAUUUAUUAGGCUACCCCUUAACGUGUGG